AUGUCGACUCCUACUAUUGCAUGUCCUAGAAUCGUAGUGCUGAUCUCGGGAAAUGGAUCGAAUCUGCAAGCCAUCAUAGAUGCAGUGGCUGCUGGUCAUAUUCAGGCACAGAUUUCACUGGUGGUAUCCAACAAAACUAAAGCCUACGGUUUGGAGAGAGCAGCUCAAGCAGGAAUCCCAACCAUGAUUAAAACAUUGAAACCAUACAGAGAUGCUGGCAAGACUCGUAUUCAAUAUGAUCAUGAUCUUGCAUUGGAUAUCAAUCAAGACUCUUUGAUGCCUGACCUGAUUGUUCUUGCUGGGUUUAUGCAUAUUCUCUCUCCAGAGUUUUUGUCACACUUUUAUCCAGGAAGGAUCAUCAACUUACAUCCUGCACUGCCAGGUCAGUUUGACGGUGCACAUGCCAUUGAACGAGCAUUCGAUAGUUUUCAAAAAGGAGAAAUCCAGCAUACAGGCAUCAUGGUCCACAAGGUUAUUGCAGAGGUUGAUCGAGGUCAAGUUGUACUGCAGAAACAAGUACCAAUCCUAGAAUCCGAUACUGUCGAAUCUCUUCAAACUCGGAUACACGCAUCUGAGCAUGUACUGUUAGUUGACGGUAUAAUUGCCAUGCUGGCUGAACAUGCACCUCAUCACGAAUCGCACUGA